UUUUGAUUUACUAAUUCGGAAGCCUGCUGAGUGAGAAUAUCAGUGGAUGCUGAAGCACAAAUGCUGCCAUUAGCACUUGACUCACUGGAUGUUGCUGUGUGUAUUUCACCUUAAAGAGUACAUUCCUCGAGAUCAUAAAAAAUACAUUUCAUGAAGUGUUUAAUUUUGCCGUGUUUGAAUGUAAGCAAUCUGCCAAGUUGUAAAACCGAAGGUGAACGAAUAACAAAGUUAUUAGCUUAUAAAAAAGGUAAUCGACUCUGAAUCACGCGAACAAGCCAUGACCUGUCCGAAUCUUUAACCACAAUGUACCUACGUCACUAGAAAAAUCCCCGCCUACUGACUGCGAAAACUUAACUCUCUCCUCCCCAAACACUUGUGGUGGGCGAUACUGCAAAAUUUGGUAUCGAUCCGAUACCAAAUACAUAUAGGGUCAGUAUUGCCGAUACCAAUACCAAUACGAUACUUUUUACUUAAAAAAAAAAUACUUUUGUGUAGGGGAGAGCAGUAUGUCAUUGUUUCUCAGGUGAAUGAAUGAUCAAUUCUUUAGACAAUAUUUUUUAUUAAUGUAUUGAAGUCACAACGCUUCUCUUCCUCUCGGCCAUCCUGAUCUCUCAUUCAAUGUGCUAUCAGCUUCGCUCACUCAGUUCGCUGCUCCUCGGCGCGUUGUGUCAGUGAGUCACGUGACGACACAACAACGAAUCGCAGCAGGAGGGGGAGGAGUAGCAAAGUGGGCCAGGAUGUGAAAGCAGCGUUUGCUCAGGAUUGUAGAGGUAGAAGACACGAGCAGAAGUAUAAUGAACGUAGAGCACGAAGAAGAAGAAGUCCUGCUUGUCGGGCAUGUCACUCACAUUAUUGAUGCCAUCAUGGAAGCACCUGCUGCAGGCUCUGCUGCUAACGUUACCACUCCGGUAGCAGAUGACGAGCAUCUCGACUACAGUGGCGAACUUGGUGAACUCGAUAAUGUUACACACCCGUGGCCGUAUUUGCAGGAUUUUUUUUCGUACAUUGGAGUGAAAAAUUCUUCCUACCGGAUUAAGUGCCUGUUAUGCCUACCGAGAGUCACUGAAAUAUUGGCAUUCAAAAACUCCCCGUCCAACCUGAAGAAGCACAUCGAGAGAAAGCAUGUAGGCCACCUCAAAAAAUAUGAAGAGCUGACAUCAAGAAAGAGAAAAAGGGCUCCUUAGACUCUUCCCACCACCUCCACCAUUAGGCAGACCACACUGGUGAACACCAGGACUGUCUCUCAGAGGUCCAUUGACAAAGCUAUCCUGAAGUAUGUGGUCCAAGGGCUCCAGCCAUUCCAUGUUGUUGAACAACAACCAUUUCGAGAUUUUGUUAAGGAACUGCAGCCGAAUGCAAAAAUGAUAUCACGGCUGACCAUGUGCUCCAUGAUUGAUAAUGCCUCUAUGGGAAUGAAGAAGGCGGUGACUGAGGCCAUGAGGGGAGUCGACCAUAUCGCCACCACUACUGACUGCUGGUCUGCCAGAAGACAGAGCUUUAUUGGCGUUACUGGCCAUUGGAUUGACCCCAACAGUCUCAAAAGAUGCUCAGCAGCCCUAGCCUGUAAACAACUGAGAGGUUCGCACACAUUUGAUGUGUUGGCAAGCGCCCUGAAUGACAUCCACUCCGAGUUUGAAAUUCGGGGGAAGAUUGUGCGAACAACAACCGACAACGGCUCCAACUUCAUAAAAGCAUUCCAAGUUUUUGGUGAAGAUGAGAACAACAAUGCAGUGGGAAGUGAUGGUGAUCCUGGUAAUGCAUCUCAACCAGGAGAGGAUGAAGAGGAUCAAGAGGGGUUUGAAGAAGUGGAGUUUGUUGAUGUGUCAGCGCUCCUGAAUGAAGAUGACGGUUUAGAGUUCCAGCUCCCACAGCACCAGCGCUGUGCUUGUCACCUACUCAACCUAAUAGCUACAGUUGAUGCUAUGAAGGCAACAUCCAAUGAGGCGUACAAGAAAGUGUACCUUUCAACAUUUGGCAAGUGUAAUGCACUUUGGUACAAAUGUGGAAGAUCCACCCUUGCAGCAGAAACUGUUGAAGAUGCUUGCUCCUUCCAGCUGCUGCGUCCAAAUGCUACAAGGUGGAACUCCUUGUUCCUGGCAGUGGAAAGACUGCUGAGAAUAAUGAAAGAAAAGGGAGAGGGGGCCAUCAGAGGCAUCUGCACCAACUUAAAGGUUCCAAUGUUCAAUCCAGCUGAAUUUGCCUUCCUCACAGAGUAUGCCGCUGCCAUGAGUCCAGUUGCGCAGGCAACCAACGUCUUGCAAGCAGAAGCAAAUGCCAUGAUGGAAUGGCUGCUUCCAACCAUCAACCUGCUGACCGUCAAACUUGACAGAGUCAAGUUGCCACUAAAGUACUGCAAGCCUCUGGUGGAUGCUUUACAGGUGGGAAUCAAGAACCGUUUUGGCCACAUGUCAGGAGACCCUGAGUUGAUCGCAGCUGCAAUUCUACUUCCAAAAUUCCGUACAGCGUGGACAAAGGAUGAAUCCACAAUCAAAACAGGAAUUGACUACAUGAGACAGCACAUCGAAGAACCCUCCCUUCAGCUAGCAGAUGCCAACCGGUCCAGUUCGUCUGAUGACGAUGACUUCUUCUCUGCCCUGCAGUCGUCUCAAGCGCAAGAUGGUGCCAAACAACUGGAUGGAUACUUGGCCUGUUCAGCAGAUCACAUGGACUUGCUGAAAUCCUUCCCAGCGGUGUGCAAGCUUUCCGUGAAGCUGAACACUCCUCUACCUGCCUCAGCGGCCUGUGAAAGGCUCUUCAGCAUCGCAGGACUUGUCUUCAGUCCAAGAAGAGCGAGACUGAAUUCUCGCAACUUUGAAAACCAACUUCUUCUGAAGAUGAACAGACACCUUUUCAGUUUCAGUUAAUAACUUCAUGCCAGUUGAAAGACGGGCAGUUUGUCCAUAUAACACACAGGGAAGUUGAGAGAGAGAGCUAGUCACCAUUGAUGAUGGCAGAAGUUUAUUUUUUAAUGUUGAAAAAGUUCAAGCUUCUUUCUCCUAUGCCUGGAUAUUAUGCUUUCACUGUAAGGAAGCCACAAUAAAUUUCAUAAUCAAAAUUCUAACCGUUCACUUUUUUUAAAAAUACCUGUACUUUUACUUUUAAUACUUAAGUACAUUUUAU